AUGCCUCGCGAAAACAGCUUCAGCGACUCCGAGGGCCGCUCCCUCACCCCCGACCCCGAGGAAGGCAUACUCUCCUCCCCGACCUGGAACGGGCCCUCCGCCGCCCGCCAUGUCCCUGCACCCCGCACGAACAACGUCGGCGGCAUCACCCCCGCCCAAGCCCUCGCCGCCCGCCACCGCACCGCGUCCACCGCCCCCAGCCCCAUACACGCCCCACACAUCGUCCCCAUGCCCGUGCUCUCGCCCACGCCUUCCCGCCCAGCCGCACCGUCGCAGCCCGUCCCCGCCCCGAAGGAGCGCUUCCGCGCGGUCGUCCAGCGGGUGAUGGCCGUCCGGCGCGCGUCCGCGCUCUUCGCGCACGGGGGCAGGGCGCAGCGCGCGGCGGCGGGUGCGGAGCCCGGCGCGGACCCGCGGCGCGCGAGCGCGUUCGCGGCGUACGGGCACGUGCACGCGCGGUGCGUCGUCGAGGUGUGCGACUACUCGACCGUGCGGACGAGCGUGGGGCGGAUGGGGAACGACGCGUUCGUGCGGUACCUCGCGGACCCGGGCGCGUGCGCGCGCGAGCCGUGGGUGAAGGUGCGGUGGAUCAAUGUGGGGGGUGUUAGCUGGGACGUCAUGAGCGCGUUGGCGUUGAAGUAUGACCUCCACCCGCUCGCGCUCGAGGACGUCCUGCACCAGCGCGGGCACCCACGCUCGAAGGCGGACUACUACCCGCGCCACCUCUUCCUCCGCGUCCUCUGCCACACCCUCGGCCUCGACUCCGAUGACGCUUCCUCUUCCUCUGACGUCUCCGACGCGGAGUACAUGGCUGGCGCGUCCGAGGGUCUCCCGCGUUCGGCGUCGCCCGAGCCGCUCGACGCGGACGCGGACGUCGACGAGCGCACCGUGUACGGGAGCGUGGGCCCCGGGAAGCUCCGAGGGACUAUGAACUCGGGCCUUCGCCAGCGCGGCGCGGGGAAGGGGAAGGGGAAAGCGAAGGCGUGCGUGCAGGUGGACGUCGAGGCCGCGCCGGGGGCGUUCGGCCUGCGGUUCAACAACGAGGCGGGGGACGGCGGGGACGACGAGAGCCAGGCAAAGCGGCGGCGGAACGCGAGGAACCGGGAGCUGGUGAGGGAGCUCACGCGCGGGGAGCGCGUGAAUGUGCGGAUCCGGCCGAUCUGCAUCUUUCUGAUGAGGGACGGCACUGUGAUUUCGAUCAACAGGGACAACAACUUGGACCUGACCGCGCCGAUUUCUGAGCGGCUUCGGCAGAAGGACACGGGCCUCCGGGCGACGGCGGACCCGUCGCUCCUCGUUCAGUCUUUGUUGGAUCUGGUUGUUGACCAGGCCCUGGAGGUCGUCGAGGAGUAUCAGGGGAAGAUGUUGAAGAUCGAGCAAGCUGUGCUGCUCAAGCCGAGCAUGAAGACAGUUCGCAGACUUCACAUCCUGCAAGGCGACCUCGUUCUGCAUAAGCGCACCCUAGAGCCCAUCAAGACCGUCAUCUAUGGCCUCCGCAGGUACGACGUCGACCGCGCCAUGGCGUUGCGAGAUACGAUAGAGGAUAAGAGGAAAGAGGAGGGCUACAUGAGCCACAAGGCUAAGAUAUACCUCGCGGACGUGCAUGAUCAUAUGGAGUACAUUCUCUCCAGCUUGGACAUGAUCGCGGACGUGACAUCGAACCUGAUGGAUUACACUUUCAACAUGGCAUCGUAUGAGAUGAACGAGGUCAUGCGACGCCUCACGCUCAUAACCAUCAUCUGCCUGCCUCUCACCCUGCUCACCGGGUACUUCGGCAUGAACUUCUAUACGAUGUUCUCCGUGACUCACCACAGCGAUAUCUUCUUCUGGGAGGUCGCAAUCCCACUCAUGCUCACCAUCAUGCCCAUGUUCUUCCUGAGCGACUUGCGGCGCCUGAAGCACUACCUCGAGAAGCGUACUCAGCGCCAUGCGAUCAAAAAGGCUUACCGUCAGACCCCGCGGCACUCUCACGGCUCCAUCCUCAUGCUAGUCCCCGUCCUCUUCCACUCCUCACGCCACAACCCCUACACCAGCAUCUAA